CAUUUUAUAUAAAGGCCAGGUGCCCCUACCCACUCAAAUGCAAUUCUCUAUUCUCAAAAAUACCUUUCAGUCUCAACAAUGGCGAUGGCUUUCAAGAUGGCAACCACUGGAAUGUGGGUGACGGAUGAAUGCAAGAACUCGUUCAUGGAGUUGAAAUGGAAGAAGGUCCACAGGUUCAUAGUGUUCAAGAUCGACGAGAAAUCCAGGUUGGUCACCGUCGACAAGGUCGGUGGUCCCGGCGAGGGCUAUAAUGAACUUGCUGCUUCCUUACCCAAUGAUGACUGCAGAUAUGCUGUCUUCGAUUUCGACUUUGUCACCGUCGAUAAUUGCCGGAAAAGCAAGAUCUUCUUCAUUGCAUGGGCUCCCACUGAGUCAAGAAUUAGGGCAAAAAUGCUGUAUGCAACAUCCAAAGCUGGAUUGAGGAGAGUGCUGGAUGGCAUCCACUAUGAACUUCAAGCAACUGAUCCAACUGAGAUGGGAUUUGAUAUCAUAAGAAAGAGAGCUAAUUAAAUGUGAAAUUAGAAAUAAUAUGUUUACAUUAGCUUAAUAAUUAUAUAAAUAUAUGGCAAAUACUUGUAUAAUUUAUUUUUUUUUUAGUUUUUGGCACUGAUGUAAGUUGAUCUUUAUCUUCUAAUCUGUAUAAUUUUAAUAAUUAUAUCAGGUGCUAUGUACCCUAGUUCAUUGGACCACAGACAGCCUUUACUUUGAUUCCCUCUCUUUAUUGUAAAAUGGAAAGAUAAAGAUGAAACUGUGAGACAUUGAAAUGUCAAAAGUGCCUUUUAUUUUCAUUUUUAA